GGAGCUCGGAAGAUGGAGGGCUAUGUGGAAUUCUUGGCGCUGCUGGUCUCGGCGCUGCUGGUCGGCUUCGUGUCGGUAAUCUUCGCCCUCGUCUGGGUCUUCCAAUACCGUGGAGGGCUGAGCUGGGACGGCAGCGCGCAGGAGUUCAACUGGCACCCCGUCCUCAUCAUCACGGGCUUCGUCUUCAUCCAGGGCAUCGCUAUUAUUGUGUACAGGUUGCCCUGGACAUGGAAGUGCAGCAAACUCCUAAUGAAGUCCAUACAUGCUGGAUUAAACACCAUAGCUAUGAUUCUUGCAAUCAUUUCUGUGGUAGCUGCGUUUGAUUUCCACAAUGCCAGCAGCAUUUCUAAUAUGUACAGUCUGCACAGCUGGAUUGGCUUGGCUGCUGUUAUAUUUUAUGCUAUCCAGCUUUUCUUGGGUUUCGCUGUCUUUCUGCUCCCUUUCGCUCCGGUUUCCCUCAGAGCAGCUGUCAUGCCAAUCCAUGUUUUUUCUGGUCUUACCAUCUUCGCAACAGUGAUUGCAACAGCUCUCAUGGGAAUCACAGAAAAGCUUCUCUUUUCAUUGCAAAAUCCUUCAUAUUCUGCAUCCCCACCAGAAGCAACUUUUGUCAACUGUCUUGGUCUUUUGCUUGUAAUAUUUGGUGCACUGAUUUUAUGGAUGGCAAGCAGGCCCUAUUGGAAGCGUCCCCCAGAAGAGAAUAUUAAAGUUCUACAGCCCAUUGGAGGGACUCCUGAAGGCACAGAAGCAGAAUCCACAGUGACAGAUGGUAGUAAUGCAAAUAAAUCUGAGCUUAAGAUGAAUAGUGAAGCAGCCAGAAAACAAAACUUCAAACUUGAUGAAGCAGGCCAAAGAUCAACUAUGUAA